GCUAAGAUGUUAAUAACAGCUAUUCGAGACAAGCAUCCCCAUGUUCCAAUUCACAUUCAUACCCACGAUACUUCUGGAGCAGGAGUCGCUUCCAUGUUGGCUUGCGCAGAAGCAGGUGCUGAUGUAGUUGAUGUAGCUGUCGACAGCAUGUCUGGUAUGACUAGUCAACCGAGUAUGGGUGCAGUUGUAGCCAGUUUACAAGGAACCAAAUUGGAUACAGGACUACAACUAAAUGAUAUAUCUGGGUAUUCUGCAUAUUGGGAGCAGACGCGGACGUUAUAUGCGCCUUUCGAAUGCACCACGACAAUGAAAAGUGGAAAUGCUGACGUAUAUUUGAAUGAAAUUCCUGGAGGUCAAUAUACAAACUUACAGUUCCAAGCAUAUUCAUUAGGUUUAGGUGAAUUCUUUGAAGAUGUGAAAAAAGCAUACAGAGAAGCUAAUCUUCUUCUAGGAGACAUAAUUAAGGUAACACCUUCAUCUAAAGUUGUUGGUGACUUAGCUCAAUUCAUGGUACAGAAUAAAUUGAAUGCUCAACAAGUAAUGGAAAAAGCAGAAGAUCUAUCAUUCCCUAAAUCAGUGGUUGAAUUCUUGCAAGGAUCCAUUGGUACCCCUCAUGGAGGUUUCCCUGAGCCAUUUAGAUCUCGAGUCCUGAAGGACAUGCCAAGAGUUGAAGGACGUCCUGGUGAAUUUUUACCAGAUUUUGAUUUUAAGAAAUUGAAGACUGAUUUACAAGAGAGUUUUCCUGAUGUUACUGAUCGUGAUGUUAUGUCAGCAGCCCUGUAUCCAGAAGUCACCAACGAUUUCUUACAAUUCAGAGAUGAGUAUGGAUCCGUCGAUAAAUUAGAUACAAGAAUAUUUUUAACAGGCCCAAAGGUUGGUGAGGAGUUUGAUGUUCAAAUUGAAAAGGGAAAGACUUUAGGAAUUAAAACAUUAGCUAUGGCAGAAGAUUUAACUCCAAGUGGAGAACGAGAAGUAUUCUUUGAAAUGAAUGGUCAAAUGAGAUCAGUCCUCAUUAGAGAUAAAGAAGCUGUCAAGGUAAUGCAUGUGCAUCCCAAAGCAGCAAAAGGAAACAAAAACCAAGUUGGUGCUCCAAUGCCUGGUGCUGUAAUUGAUAUUCGAGUUCAAGUUGGAGAUACUGUGGAAAAAGGUGCGCCAUUAGUUGUUUUAUCAGCUAUGAAAAUGGAAAUGAUAGUACAAGCCCCAAUUGCUGGAAAAAUUAAGGAAAUAGAAAUUGAAAAGGGCAUGAAAUUGGAAGGAGAUGACCUUUUGAUGACAAUUGAAUGAGUGUAUAAAUGAUGUGAAAUAUUAUUUAGUUAGGAAUAGUUAAAUAGUUGUUAA